ACGCAAGUUCGCGCGCUUUUGCACGCAUUUUCUUGUCUUUUUCUGUGACGUUUAUUUAUUGUUUUCAAGGCAAAACUACUACUUAAAUUAACUAAAAGUCAUAAAAGUGUUUUUUAACAAUUCCAAUGAGUAUUUUGUAAACGGUGUAUUUUUUUCUGAGUGUUUUUUAAGACAAAUUAGAGAAUUUCAAUUUUUAUAACCUCUAAAAAUGGCGAUGAACGUGAGGGAAUGGACCAGAGAACAUUUUAUGGCGAAUCAAUUGGAUUGUAAACAGCUUCUUGAAAAUUCAGAUGCACUGCAGGAAAUACCGUGUUUAAACAGUUUAUCCUUGGAUUAUUUUAAAGAAGGACAACUGGUCAAGUUUCGUGGAAUGAUUCAAGAUAUUUUCAAUCCGGAGUAUUAUUAUGAAAAUUACGAAGUUAAAGACACCAAUACUGGGGCAUCGUCAAUUCGAAGUGGAAUGUUUAUGGAUUUAACACAAUGUUCGCCCCAGGAGCAACUCUCGUUAAAUUCGCCGAAUAACAAACACUCGGAACGUCAACCUUUUUUUGUCAUAUCGGUUCCUGGAUUAAAUGACUGGGCGAACAGAAAAUCAUCUCUUAUCGAUAUUAGCACUGCGGUGAAGAAUGUGAAUAAAAGAUCACACGAAACAACAGAAGAGGAAUUAAUGGAUUGUUCAGAACCCACGAAAAAGAAGGAGAAAACAUCAGAUUCGUGCGAUAGUGCGAUGGAAAGUUCGAAAAGUAAUCAAUCAACAUCUGGAAUUGUGUCCAUGGAGCAUAUAUUAAAUUUCCCGAUUCCAAAUCAAGAUGGAAAAGCUUGUAUUGUUAAGGUUUAUGAAAAUGAUGAGAUACAUAAAUUGAAUGAUGUGAUUGACAUUAUUGGGUUUUUGUCUCUCGAUCCAGCUCAAUGUGUGUCGGAUAAUGGUGACGAAAGCAUGGACGAUAUGGAAGUACAAACUCACAAUCCUCCUGUUUCCAUGGUUCCACGUUUGCAUGCGAUAAAAGUUGUGCCACUGAAGGAAAAUAUAAUUAGCCGAGAUCCAGUAAUUAUGUCAAAGGCCGAAUUAAUUCGAAGCGAUCUGCAAAUGUUUUUGAGCAAACUUCUUUUUGAUGAUACGCUUGCAGCGGAUUAUUUAAUUUGUCACCUAAUUUCUUCAAUAUACAUGAGAAAAGAUUUUCUCUGCCUUGGAAGUUUUCCCAUCAAUAUUACCAAAUUUCCAUUGGAAAAAUAUAAAGACUUUUCGAAAGAACUUUACGGUGUGCUAACGCAAUUGAUACCGAAAAGUCACUUCGUGGAACUGACUCUGGAAAAUCUCAACGAUAUGAGUUUUACUCCAAAGAAGGAUUAUCAAUGUAACAGACUGACAAGUGGUGUUUUACAAUUAAGUAACAAUACUCAUCUUGUGAUUGAUGAAACUCAUUUGACUUUGGGUCAAGUGACUCCUUGUGGGAGGAAAAAUUACGAUACACUGAAUAAACUUGUUCAGUAUCAAAAGAUAUCGUAUGAUUUUCAGUUUUACAUGGUGGAUUACGAAACGGACAUUCCAGUUUUAAUUUUAUCAGAGACUAAAUCUUUUAUACCAUGUCCCACCCAAGUGCCUCUGAAAGUUGAUGACGAAACGGUUAACGUGUAUCCACAAGUGCUGGAGGCUGCUAAACAAUAUUUAAAAGACGAGACAAGAUUGGAAAAUAUUCGACAGUAUUUGAAUAUUUUAAGGCAUGGCAAUUUUGAAUUUAAUGACCAAAUGACGAAGAUUAUACAGGAGGAUUUCGUGAAAAUGAGACAGGUAAAUAAAUCUUUUACAGGUGAUAAUUUACAUACACUGAUGGUUUUUGCAAGACUCAUGGCAUUGUCUUAUGGGAAAAAUACUUUAACCUCGGAUAUAUGGAAAAAGACUUUUGAAUUUGAAGUAGAACGAAUUGGCAGGAUUCCAAAACGUAAUGAACACUGAAAGUCAUUGAUUGAUAUUUUAAAUUAAAAAAAAAAAAAGAAAAAGAUAUUAACAACUGGUGAUAUUUGGAAAGAAAAUCAAGAAAAUAUAAAUUUAUCCCCCGUUGAAUAGUUCUGCUUGGCGGAAUAAAAAUAAGAAAGUAAAAUGAUCUUGAAUAUUUUGUCUAUUUUUUUUAUAGUUAGAGUUCGUCACGUGUGAAUAGCUUUUUUUUUUAAUUGUAUACCGAGUAUUAUAGUCGUUAAUUAUUAUUAUUCUUAAUUUAAUAACUUUUUGUACGAUUUUGUAAAUAAUGUACCAAAAAAGAAAAUUGACGGAAAAUGAAAGUCAAGAUAAAUAUUGUGAAUAAGAGAUUUAUUUGUGUCUUUA